AUGGCCCUGGCCCUUCUGCCCAGUAAGACAUCACCUAGGAUCCUGGCAGCUGUAGCAGGGAUGAAACCAGAGAGCAAAGAAGGAUCUGGCCCUGCACUGGGGGCAUGUGGGCACGGGGAAUGGGAUACGUCUCGAAUUGUAGCCUCUACAAACAGAGCUAGGAAUAAAAUUUGCUUUUCAAAAGCGCUGAGGACUGCCGGCCCAGCACGCACCUGCCUCAGGAACUGCCACUCUCCCUGGUCUGAGGCUUUAAGCGAGAAGCGAACCGCGCAGGGGAGGACCUCUGCCCAAGGAGGUUCCGAAGAGCAAACUGUGCGCUCCGGUGCCGGGGCGCAGGGCUCGCGGACGCCGGAGUGUGCAGCUCCGUCCCGUGACCUGCGGGCUGCGGGAGCCGGGCUCCGGGCGAGCCGCGGACGCAGACGCCGGAGGACGCAGACCCCGGAGGACGCAGACCCGGGAGGACUAAGGGGGGCGGACCGGGUCAGCUCGGGGGACUCACCUGGUCAUGUUGGCUCCGGGCAGCCUCCGCCACCGCCUCCCGCGCCGCCACCAGCACUUUGCUCCAGCGCCUUCACGCCCCUCCACGGCCGCGCAGCCCACGCCUGCCCCAGCCGCCGGAGUCCGGGCGGCCGAUUGAAUCCCGCGCAGCUGCGGCCCCCGCCGCGGGAAUCCCCCCAGUGGCUGCCGCCGCCCGGUCCUCGCGCGGCCAGCCCAGUCCAGAGCGAGGAAGUGGAGGAGAGUCAGCGAGUGAGUCCAAAACCCCGAAAUCCAGCAUCCAAAGGAGCGCGUCCCCCCGCCCUCCCUCCACCCCUAGCCCGUUCUCCUCCUCCUCCUCCUCCGCCUCCUCCUCCUCCUCUUCCCGGGCCGUCCUCCUGGCCCUUCUGAGCCCGCGGCUUCCGCGGCUGUUUCUCCUCCUCCCGCUCCUCCCGCUCGCCCUGCGCUGGCUUCUCCGGCUGCCGCCGCCGCCGCUGUGUGUCUCCUCCUCCUCCUCCUCCCGCUCCUCGACGCUCCGCCGCUCGCGGCUGGGGGGUCCGGGGCCGCGUAACUUCUCCUCCCUCCGCCUCUCCUGUUUCCUCCUUCCUGCUGCUGCUUCUUUUAAAGAGGAUUCUUUGGCCACAAAUAGCAACUCGGCUGCCCCCCUCAGCGCCUCCCUCCCCUUCUCUUCUUCCCCCCCAAAGUGAAGCGCACACGAGAGGUAACCAGAAACUGAGGCCGGCGGGGGGAGUGGGGAGGCGGGGAGAGGGGGCGAGGCGACGCCUGGAGACCGGCCCGCGCGGAG